AUGUACAUACGAGCAGCAACGAAACCAAUGUGCAAGGAGAAUAUGGAGAGAAGGAAAGUAGAAGAGGCAAAUGGCAAUAAGAAAAAGUCAUUUCGCAAUGGAUCGUUGAAGCGAUGUGAAGAUGAGAUGAGGCAUGAACACCAGAGAGGUGGGAAGUUGGCGGGAGUUCAGGGUAAGAAACGUGAAGUCCAAGAUGGCGGCCGACUACUGAAGAAGAAAGAUGCAACUGGUGUUCGCCGACGAUGCCCAAUUUUUUUGUCGAAAACCGUGCUGGCUACAUUAUACUAUCGAAGAGAUCCCACACCACAGCAUUACUAUCCAACGAAAACUGACGAGGAGAGCGGUGAUGAAGAGGAGUUUGGAAGAGCCUGUAUUCAGAUCGGUAAUACGAAUGAGAUACGUUACGAAAAUGAGAUUUUGAAAAAACGCCAUAAUGACCUGGAAGCAGAUCUAAUGCAGGACCGGGACACAGUGGGAAAAGGAAAGCCAGGGCCGACAUCAUCCGGCAUCGUCACGAGGUCUCGAGUCCAAAGUGAAGCAAAGUAA